UUCCAACUAAUUACUUAUUUCCGAAGCUGCAACUCCAGUAGGGCGAGCUCCUGGCGGGCCGGGCCGAGAUUGCGGCGGAGAGGAAGCUGCGCGAUGCCGCCGCCCAAGCUCCUCCUCCGGCCGGUACGGCCCGGGACUACCUGGCCGCGCAACGGGCGCAGCGCGCCGAGGCAGGGAGCUCCGCGGCUGCCACGUCUGAGUCCACAGGUUGGGCCUGCCCGCCCUGCCGAACGCACAGCCCAAUCUUUCCAACCUGCAGCGCCGCCGCCAACCCGCCCUCCGCCUCCGGCAGAACCCCACGCCCCCACCCGCCUGUCUGUCCAGGGCCAGCCCGGCGGGCCACGCUCACGCAGUUGGCGCAGGCGAACCUACGCCAAGGGCGUAGCGCCAGCCAGUCCGCCCGCCCCCUGCGCUCUCCCCGCCUCCUCCCUCCCUCGCAGGGGCCGAGCGAAUGUAGCCCGCGAGAGAAAAUGGCGGCGGCGGCGGGGAAUCGCGCCUCGUCGUCGGGAUUCCCAGGCGCCGGGGCGGCGAGCCCCGAGGCUGGGGGCGGCGGAGGGGCCCAGAAAGCAAGCAGCGCGUCCGCGGCGGCCGCGGGGCUCCUGCGGGAGGCGGGCACCGGGGGCCGCGAGCGGGCGGACUGGCGGCGGCGGCAGCUGCGCAAAGUGCGGAGUGUGGAGCUGGACCAGCUGCCGGAGCCGCCGCUUUUCCUCGCCGCGUCUCUGUCGUCCUCCUCCACUUCCCCGUCUCCGGAGCCUCCAGACUCGGCGGCAGGCGGGAGCGGUAUCCAGCCUUUAGCGGUCCCGCAGCCCCACGGAACCUCGAGCCGCGGCGGCGCACACCCUGCAGAGCCGGUGGCUGCUUCGGACAGCGGCGCCCCGAGCCCCGCGGGAGCCGAGCCCGGAGAGAAGCGGGCUCCCGCCGCCGAGCCACCUCUUGCAGCGGCCCCCACUGGGCGAGAGAUGGAGAAUAAAGAAACUCUCAAAGGAUUGCACAAGAUGGAUGAUCGCCCAGAAGAACGAAUGAUCAGGGAGAAACUGAAGGCAACCUGUAUGCCAGCCUGGAAGCAUGAAUGGCUGGAAAGGAGAAAUAGGAGAGGCCCUGUGGUGGUAAAACCAAUCCCUAUUAAAGGAGAUGGAUCUGAAAUGAGUAACUUGGCAGCUGAACCUCAAGCAGAGAGCCAGACAGGUGCCGCUUCACCUGUUCCCAAAGGCCGACGUAGCCCUUCUCCGGGCAGCUCUCCGUCAGGUCGCACAGUGAAAUCAGAAUCUCCCGGAGUAAGGAGAAAAAGAGUUUCCCCAGUUCCUUUUCAGAGUGGGAGAGUCACACCACCCCGAAGAGCCCCUUCUCCAGAUGGCUUCUCACCGUACAGCCCCGAAGAGACAAACCGCCGUAUAAACAAAGUGAUGCGGGCCAGGCUGUACUUACUGCAGCAGAUAGGACCUAACUCUUUCCUGAUUGGAGGAGACAGCCCAGACAAUAAAUACCGGGUGUUUAUUGGGCCUCAGAACUGCAGCUGUGGACGUGGAACAUUUUGUAUUCAUCUGUUAUUUGUUAUGCUCCGGGUGUUUCAACUAGAACCUUCAGAUCCAAUGUUAUGGAGAAAAACAUUAAAGAAUUUUGAGGUUGAGAGUUUGUUCGAGAAAUAUCACAGUAGGCGUAGCUCAAGGAUCAAAGCUCCAUCUCGUAACACCAUCCAGAAGUUUGUUUCACGCAUGUCAAAUUCUCAUACAUUGUCAUCAUCUAGUCCUUCUACAUCUAGUUCAGAAAACAGUAUAAAAGAUGAAGACGAACAGAUGUGUCCUAUUUGCUUGUUGGGCAUGCUUGAUGAAGAAAGUCUUACAGUGUGUGAAGAUGGCUGCAGGAACAAGCUGCACCACCACUGCAUGUCAAUUUGGGCAGAAGAAUGUAGAAGAAAUAAUGAACCUUUAAUCUGUCCCCUCUGUAGGUCUAAGUGGAGAUCCCAUGAUUUCUAUAGCCAUGAGUUGUCAAGCCCUGUGGAUACCCCAUCUUCUCUCCGAGCUGCACAGCAGCAAACCAUACAACAGCAGCCUUUAGCUGGGUCACAAAGAAGGAGUCAAGAGAGCAAUUUUAACCUUCCUCAUUAUGGAACUCAGCAGAUCCCUCCUGCUUGUAAAGACUUAGCUGAGCCCUGGAUUCAGGUGUUUGGAAUGGAACUCGUUGGCUGCUUAUUUUCUAGAAACUGGAAUGUAAGAGAGAUGGCCCUCCGACGUCUUUCCCACGAUGUUAGUGGGGCCCUACUGUUGGCAAAUGGGGAGAGCACUGGAAAUUCAGGGGGUAGCAGUGGAAGCAGCCCAAGUGCUGGAGCCGCCAGUGGGUCUUCCCAAACCAGUAUCUCAGGAGAUGUGGUGGAGGCGUGCUGCAACAUUUUGUCCAUGGUCUGUGCUGACCCUGUCUACAAAGUGUACGUUGCUGCUUUAAAAACAUUAAGAGCCAUGCUGGUAUAUACUCCUUGCCACAGUUUGGCAGAAAGAAUCAAACUUCAGAGACUUCUCCGACCAGUUGUAGACACCAUUCUAGUCAAGUGUGCAGAUGCCAAUAGCCGCACCAGUCAGCUGUCCAUAUCAACACUGCUGGAAUUAUGCAAAGGCCAAGCAGGAGAGUUGGCAGUCGGGAGAGAAAUACUUAAAGCUGGAUCCAUUGGUAUUGGUGGUGUUGAUUAUGUCUUAAAUUGUAUUCUUGGAAACCAAACUGAAUCGAACAACUGGCAAGAACUCCUGGGCCGUCUUUGUCUUAUAGACAGACUGUUGUUGGAAUUUCCUGCUGAAUUUUACCCUCAUAUUGUCAGUACUGAUGUUUCACAAGCUGAGCCUGUUGAAGUCAGGUAUAAGAAGCUGCUGUCCCUCUUAACCUUUGCUUUGCAGUCCAUUGAUAAUUCCCACUCAAUGGUUGGUAAACUCUCCCGAAGGAUAUUUUUGAGUUCUGCAAGAAUGGUUACUGCAGUACCCCAUGUGUUUUCAAAACUGUUAGAAAUGUUGAGUGUUUCCAGCUCCACUCACUUUAGCAGGAUGCGUCGGCGUUUGAUGGCUAUUGCAGAUGAGGUGGAGAUUGCUGAGGCCGUCCAGCUGGGCAUGGAAGACACUCUGGAUGGUCGGCGGGACAGCUUUUUGCAGGCACCUGCCCCUAACAGCUAUCCAGAAACCACAGACAACAGUUCCCUUGAACGCACAGUCCAUUUAGGGAAAACUGGAAAGGGAUUGUAUGCUACAAAAUUGAGUGCCAGUUCAGAGGACAUUUCUGACAGACUGGCCGGAAUUUCAGUAGAACUUCCUAAUUCAACAACAACAGAGCAACCAAAGCCAAUUGUUCAAACAAAAGGCCGGCCCCACAGUCAGUGUUUGAACUCUCCUUUAUGUCAUCAUCCCCAACUCAUGUUUCCAGCCUUGUCAACCCCUCCUUCAUCUGCCCCAUCUGUACCAGCUGGCACUGUAACAGAUGUCUCUAAGCAUAGACCUCAGGGAUUUAUUCCCUGUAAAAUACCUUCUGCGUCUCCUCAAACCCAGCGCAAGUUUUCUCUACAGUUCCAGAGAAACUGUUCUACAGAAAACAAAGACUCAGACAAACUUUCCCCAAUCUUUACUCAGUCAAGACCCAUGCCAUGCAGUAAUAUACACAGGCCAAAGCCAUCUCGACCUACCCCAGGUAAUACAAGUAAACAGGGAGAUACUUCAAAAAUUAGCAUGACACUUGAUCUGAACAGUACUUCCAAAUGUGAUGACAGCUUUGGCAGUAGCAGCAAUAGUAGUAAUGCUGUCAUACCCAGUGAUGAGACAGUGUUCACCCCGGUAGAGGAGAAAUGCAGAUUAGAUGUCAAUACAGAGCUCAACUCCAGUAUCGAGGACCUACUUGAAGCAUCCAUACCUUCAAGUGACACGACAGUAACUUUUAAGUCAGAAGUUGCUGUCCUCUCUCCUGAAAAAGCUGAAAAUGAUGAUACCUACAAAGAUGAUGUGAAUCAUAAUCAAAAGUGCAAAGAAAAGAUGGAAGCUGAAGAAGAGGAAGCUUUAGCAAUUGCCAUGGCAAUGUCAGCAUCGCAGGAUGCCCUCCCCAUAGUUCCCCAACUGCAGGUCGAAAAUGGAGAAGAUAUCAUCAUCAUUCAACAGGAUACACCAGAGACUCUGCCAGGACAUACCAAAGCCAAACAACCUUAUAGAGAAGAUACGGAGUGGCUGAAAGGCCAGCAGAUAGGCCUUGGUGCAUUUUCUUCUUGUUACCAAGCUCAAGAUGUGGGAACUGGAACUCUAAUGGCUGUCAAACAGGUGACAUAUGUCAGAAACACAUCUUCUGAGCAAGAGGAAGUGGUGGAAGCAUUAAGAGAAGAGAUAAGAAUGAUGAGUCAUCUGAAUCACCCCAACAUCAUUAGGAUGCUAGGAGCCACGUGUGAGAAGAGCAAUUACAAUCUCUUCAUCGAAUGGAUGGCAGGCGGAUCUGUGGCACAUUUGCUGAGUAAAUAUGGAGCCUUCAAGGAAUCAGUAGUGAUUAACUAUACUGAACAAUUACUUCGUGGCCUUUCAUAUCUCCAUGAAAACCAGAUCAUUCACAGAGAUGUCAAAGGUGCCAAUUUGCUAAUUGACAGCACAGGUCACAGACUGAGAAUUGCAGAUUUUGGAGCUGCAGCCAGGUUGGCAUCAAAAGGAACUGGUGCAGGAGAAUUUCAGGGACAAUUACUGGGGACAAUUGCAUUUAUGGCACCAGAGGUACUAAGAGGUCAACAGUAUGGUAGGAGUUGUGAUGUAUGGAGUGUUGGCUGUGCUAUUAUAGAAAUGGCUUGUGCUAAACCACCUUGGAAUGCAGAAAAACACUCCAAUCAUCUUGCUUUGAUAUUUAAGAUUGCUAGUGCAACUACUGCUCCAUCGAUCCCUUCACAUCUAUCUCCUGGUUUACGAGAUGUGGCUCUUCGUUGUUUAGAACUUCAACCUCAGGACAGACCUCCAUCGAGAGAGCUACUAAAGCAUCCAGUCUUCCGUACUACGUGGUAGCUAAUUAUACAAAUAAACUUUUAACAGAGACAGGAUGCUCAACCAGAGAAUAAAAACUUCUGUGGGGAACCACACUGAUAAUCUGCUGGCCUUCAUGGCACUAAACAGCUGUGAAGGAGGCCAGUGGGGAACCUUACCUAAGUAUGUGAUUGACAAAUCAUGAUCUGUACCUAAGCUCAGUAUGCAAAAGUCCACAACUUGUGCAGAAACUGUAAUCGUGCCUUUCAAAGAACUGGCCCUAGGUGAACAGGAAAGCAAUGAUGUUUGCAUGACUAAAUAACAGAAGCAUAAUUUUAUAUAUGUAUAUUUUUUGUUUUGGAGCACUUUUUCAGCAAUAUUAGCAGCUGAGGGGCUCAGGAUCUAUUUUAAUGUUUCAAUUACUAUUCAUUACAUACCAUCAUCAGGAGCAGGGGUUUCUGCAGUUCCAUUCAUUUUUUUUUUGUCACUGGCUAUAAAAAUCAGUAUCUGCCUCUUUUAGGUCAGAGUAUGCUAUGAGUAGCAAUAAAUACAUACAUUUUUAAAAGUUGGUAACUUCUUUAUGACUCACAGUUGACCUUUAUUUUUUUUAAAUGGCUGCGCAGUUGUGGUUCAUUGUGCAUUUUACUGUUGGCCCAUUCAUUUCGUUUUUGGAAAUUAUGGUUCUGUAUUUUCAUUAUGCCUUCAUUUUUGUUUAAUAUUCAGGGAAAGGUGAUCUUUUCAAACCAGAAAAAUAGAACUAGGUAUGAACUAGAGUUCAUUAAAUAUCUUGCUAUUGCAAGAGUUUUUUUACAUACAGGUUUCAUUGUGUUUGCUUUUUAAAUUGGAUUAUGAUAAAAUGCUACCUUCAUUGAGUCAGUCACUGCUCUUAUUGUGCAGAUUAAAUACAAAUUAGGUGAAAACUAUUCUCUGUGAUGCAGCUUGCAACCAAGAUCAAGAUGACUAUGAAUUUAUUUGAACUUUUUAAAUGUAUCAGUUUCUUUUGUCAAUCUGUAGGAAAUUUCACACAAUAAGACAGGUUUAGGACUUCUCUGUAUGUAACAAACCAUCCUUCACCGUCACCACUGAUAACAUGUACCUGCUGUUUUCCUUCUGCCACGCACCAUGUCUCAGUAGGCCUGUCGGUAGAUAAUAAAAGGAAAAUUAAUUACUCAAUUACCAAUGAGGAAUGGUGUUUUUAAGCAAAAAUUUUCUUUGAGCUUAGAAAAUGUGUUCAGAAAGAUAAGUGAAAUUGAAUUUUACUUACACACUAUUUCCUUGGAUUUUGCACAUUUAUCUGAUGAUUUUAGUGUGGAGUUGAAUUCAGAUACAUGCAAUCCCUGAAGGAAAAUGGCAGCUCUUGUAUUCUUUUUUUUGUGAGUCUUUUAAAUCAAGUACUGCUUAAGUAUUUAAUACAACUUUUUAAGAUGUUAAGUUUUAACUCUUCAGAAGCCAGUUGAAUUAUUGCGGAGUGAAAUAGAAUUGGUUAUUCUCAAAGACUCAGGAUAAACUAAAUAAGCUAUAUAGAGUACAUUUGAAAUGUACAACACAAAUUGGAAGUAAAAUAAGUUACAAGAUAAGUUUACAGGGACAUACUCUUAGAAUUUUUUUUUAUAAUUUUGAAAAGGCAGGUUUUGUUUUUUUUUUUAAUGUGAAUGUAGUAAAAUUUUACAUUCCUUUGUUUUGAAAGAUUGGUGAUAUUUGAAGAGUUAAAAGAAAAAUAGUACCGAAAUGUGAAGUUUGGUAGCUCUAAAUGUGUUGUACUUGACUUUUCUUUUUCUUUUUUUUUUUUUUGGACUACUUAGAAUUUUCACAGUUCUAAUAAGAUUGUUUCCAAGUCUCUCAAGUGCAAGCUUUAAAGGAUGCACUCUUGCCAUUUUGUGUACUGGAAGAUCAUUUGUCAGAUUAAUACUGUGUCUGAUAGAAAUGUAAACUGUAUAAACUGAGGAACCUCAGCUAAUCAGUAUUACUUAUAGAUCACCAUGCCCACCACAUUUCAAACUCAAACUGCCUCUAGAUGUCAAAAUCCAUCGUGUUUGAGUUUGCAGUUCCCUCAGCUUGCUGGUAAUUGUGGUGUUUUGUUUUUUGUUUUGUUUUGUUUUGUUUUUUGUUUUGUUUCAAUGCAAAUGUGAUAUAAUGAAUUAUUUUCUUUGGAUCAAAGCUGGACUGAAAAUUGUAUUGUGUAAUUAUUUUUGUGUUCUUAAUGUUAUUUGGUACUCAAGUUGUAAAUAACGUCUACUGCUGUUUAUUCCAGUUUCUACUACCUCAGGUGUCCUAUAGAUUUUUCUUCUACCAAAGUUCACUUUCACAAUGAAAUUAUAUUUGCUGUGUGACUAUGAUUCCUAAGACUUCCAGGGCUUAAGGGCUAACUUCUAUUAGCACCUUACUGUGUAAGCAAAUGUUACAAAAAAAAAAAAAUCUCUGGGUUAAGAAAAUUUGGCUUAAAUGUAUCCUUUGUUAUUUUAAAUAUAUCAAGAUAUUUUAAUUAAAAUUUUUACCCCGUUGAACCAAUUUUAUAGUAUUUGUACCUAUUUUGGUGUUUUGUCUUUAUAGUAAAUAAAAGUUUUUGAACAAAAA